UAUUCCAUUAAGGCGUCGAUGAGAUCUUGAAGCUCCUCAGGACUAUUUGCCAUGAGGAUCAUGUCAUCGGCGAAUAGUAGAAUAUAUAUAUCUCUCAGGACAUCGCCCGUUUUUGUAAAAGCUUUUCCCAAUUCUGCUACAAUAUCAUUGGUGAACAGUUGGAAUAACAGAGGUUGCUGCUAGCUGUUAUUAGAUUGCCCACCCAAUGUGAAUCGAGGCAGGAACAGUUACAGAAAUCCGGCGAUCGAGUGGACCCAAGAUGUUUCGACUUCUAAGACGUUUCCCUACAAGCUGCUUAGCACAUAGUCCAAUCAGAUACCGAGUACACAGGCAGUCAAAAAGGAAAUACUUGAUCCUCAACUUAGCAGGAUCCUCGGCAGUGGAGGGAAAAUGCCGAUUCGGUAACCCAUCCGUAACAACUUCAAUGAGAUAUUCUCAGACUCAGGAGAGUGUCAAUAACAAAAACCCAACCAGAUCGAAGCUAUUACGGAGGUUAGGCAAGCUGGAAGACUUCUAUUUUGAACGCGAGUAUGUAAUAAUCAGCCGUCUACACCUCCAUUCAAAAAUGGAAAUCAUGGAGGAACAGGUUGCUGAAGCCAUUAGACGUUUACAGCAAAGGCACGUUUCUUUGCGCAUGGCCGUCAUCGAGGGAGGUGGCGUAAGAUAUUUUGCCGAGGUGCCAGACGCGGUUGAUUGGAAGGUUUUACGGAAUUCUGACGUCAAAGCUGCGGCUGAAGAUCUGGAAGGUGAACAAUUCCGUAAGCAGGAUCUACUUUGGAAGGUCCGUAUGCUCCAAUGUGAGAGAAAAGGUCCAGAGCAAUAUAUCUAUCGAUUCAUUUUCGCGUUCCAGCAUUGUGUAAUUGACGGGAGAUCAAUUUUUGCGGACGUCUUUCCUACUCUAAUAGGUUACCUGGAGGAGUAUACGACGAAUUCGCGUGAAGAACAAGCGGAGCCAAAGAGCCUGCCCUUGAUGCCUGCGCGAGAAGAUCUGUAUACGGAAGAUGAUGUUGCGAAAGCAGAAUUUCAGUCAACAGCUUUUAAAUCAGACUAUAUGAUGGAAGAAUUCACAAGUAAGUUCAUGGCCAUGUACAAACCGGAUAAUCCACGAGCUGUCUCCGGGUUAGAGUCCUUUGAAGUAAAUGGAACUGAAACAUCGUCCAUCAUCAAGGUGGCCAAACAACAACACGUGACGAUGAACAGCGUCUGUGUAAUGGCAAUCGCGAUGGGGACCUUCCAGUUCCUGACUAAGGUAGGGGUUAUGAAGUCUGACGCCUUUGCAUUCGAAGCGCCGUUUACAGUUGACCUCAGACGCUAUGCCGAUCCGCCCUUUACUCCAAAACAACAUGGGGCCGUUCAAUCCGACUGUCAUUGUCGAAUCAGGCUAACAUCAGAAAUAGUGGACGCAACAUUUUGGAAAAUGACGCAUUCUCUCGACAACGAGGUGAAGGAAAUGAUUAAAGGUCGCCAAGCUAUCGCAGAUGCAAUAAAUGAAGAUGCCUUGUUUGACAGUCUCCGUGAUGGCCAGACAGUCGGACAGAACUUCAUUAGCAUUUCAAAUGUAGGAAAUGUGACAUUUUUGGCAGGGAGUAAGGAAGAGGCCGCGGUAACGGCCGAGGACUUCGUUUGCGUAAAUGGUGGAAGAGGACCUGAUCUGUUCGCUUUUUACAUCACAACUUUGAACGGGAAACUACAGUUUCAGCUCUCCUAUUCCAAGAUGCAUGUUCCCGAUGAGCUGGCAGAAGUGUACGUGUUUCUUUUAAAGGAACAGCUCUUGAAGAUGUCCUGUAGCUGAAAUGGACACAUCUGUAGUCUCAUUUUCCAUCAAUGGCUUUGUGUUCAUGAAAUCAGAAUUCAGAUUGGAUUGAUCGGAUAACAGAUUAUUUUGAAAAAUGAUAUCGAACAUUAUUAACAACGUGUCUUUGAUUGCAGAAGUCAGGCUAUAGCGUUGAUAAUUUAACUUGUCAAUCAACGCCUGUCAACGAUUAGUGUUAAUUGCAGCAAAAUGCUUUACAUAAUUCAAUUAAAUAUUUUGAUUACGUGUAGGAUUUUGAAGCCGCAAAGACACUAUUUGUGUGGGAAAACGGAUGGGAUUAGUGAACGAAUUUAGGGAAGGAGGAAUUACAUGGUAAAUCGAAGUAAUUCUAUAUGUCAACAGUGACGCUAAGAAAAUACAUGUACAUGUACAUGUAGAAUGUAAUUCGUUCUUUGUAAAUUUUCAUUGCAACGACAGGGCCGUAUUUAAGUUGAGCACGACUACUUUUCCAAAAAAGCCCAAAUCAGCAUGAAACCAGGUUAUUCGGAGACAUCUGGGCGCACUUUCACCCCCAAAAUACGGCCCUGGUAGACCACAACUACACUAGGAGCAUUUGUUUUUGAAGAGAGACUUCCCCUUUUCGAUUUUUCGUGCCAGCCCAUAUCACUAAUGCAUGUAAUCCAACAAAAAUCAUAUCUGAAAUUGAAUUUAAUCGUCUUGUCUGGCGUUUAAAUACGAGCUGGCGGUUAGCACCUGACAGAAAUGAAUCAUCCCGCCAUUGUCAUCUCGUUCGGUAAUUGCGAUGUAAACGAUGGUUAACGAGGAAAGUAAAUGAGGAUUUUAAUGCGUUUUCAGACAGACAACAAAAAAUGGCACAAAUACCGCAGCAACUGCGAAUGUAAAACCGCUUGUCUGCAAAGGUGAGGUCUUUCUGACUGUAUAAUUUCCACCUCAUUCUUUUUGUUUCUGUUUGUACUCAAUUCUUCAACUACGGUAAUUCCGGGAUUUAUAGUUGGAGGGACCAUGCCAUUAGUUUAUGAAUGUAUAGUAAAAUAAAUCCUUGAU